GGAAGGAGUACGUCAGGGAAGGGAGAGAGGAAGAGGGAAGGGCUCAGACGAUUCGGCCCACAGAUCUGCCUAUCGACGAUUGAUGCAUCUUGCAAGCGAAUGCCUUCAUCUGGCGCAAGAGGCUCCCAGCUGACCGCUUCCUCACAGUAAGCCUCACUCCUCAUGAGCAGACCUCCCCCCCAGGACCACCCGCCUCCCAUCGACCCCGAGCGCCUGCGCACCUUCUUCGCACGAGCCUCCGUGGUGGCCCACCUGCUGCGGUCUCGGCUGGCGCUGCCCCUGCUGUACCCCCUCAACACGCAGUCGUUCGCCAACCAACCUGACAAGCACAACCCCAUUGCGUCGGCGAGGUGGGAUGCCAAGACGGUGGCGCGGACGCUGAGCCACAUGACGCCCGCCAUCAUCGGCAUGUCGCGUAUGGUGCAUCUGCUGAAGGCUGGCCAUGCGCUGGCGCACUACAGGGGCGGGGUCAAGAGGCACAUGUAUGUCCUCAAGAAGAGGAAACCAGGACAACACAGGUAGGUAGGGUAAUUAAAGAAACAAAGGAAGAACAGGCGGAGAGACGGGCAGGGAGGGACAGCAUUUGGUGUCGUGUCAUCUGUUGAUCGGUGUUUGCCUUGCUGCGUGUGUGGGUGUGUGUGGUUGGUUGUAUCAGGCUUCACUUUGUCCGUCCCCACGUGUGGAAUUAUCUGAAGCCGGGCGACGAGCAUCGGACCAAGCACCUCAAGUGGAGAUACGGAGAGCCGCAGUAAGUGACGACACGAUCCAAUCGAUGAGCAGCAGCCCCUGGAAUCGAUUGUAAGAGGGCGUUCGGUGUUGUGCUGCCGUGCUUCUGCUGCUGCUGCUGCUGCUGCUGCUGCUGCGAUGCUGCCAUUCUGAGAGCAGACGCGAGAAGCUGGUUUUUCGGUCUGAUUUGCCAGCCCCAUGUGUGAUGUGACAAAAGGGGACGUAGAGCAGGGUGGGUGCGUGCAUGUGCGCACGUGUUGGUCAUCUUCCCUGAUGGGUGGGUUGAGGUGGGGAUCUUCUCAUGCGUCGUGUCCUGGGUCUUCAGAAGACGCAUGGAGGUGCCAUAUACCAUAAUGCGUCUUUGAUACUCCAGCGUCGGACGCAUGAGAAGGAGCUCGCCUAUGAGUUGGGAUGCAUCAGACUCAUGUGGAUCUGUACUCAUGCGUCUCUACUGCGUCAGGCGCGA